GACCCGGGAGCCCCACCCCACCCGGCUGGGGGAGGGAAGAGAAACUGAGACUGGGCAGAUUCCGCGCCCCGCCACCCCCCGCCGAGCUCCAAGGAGGUCUGUGAGCACCGCCCCUCCGCCGGAUUCCGACCGUGGGACUGGGUGGAGGGGAGGGACCCAAGGAGGAGCCUGAGGAGGCGACAGAAGCGGCCUGAGAGGCAGGACAAGUCCUGUGCUGAGGAGCUGUUCCGCUGCCUGCGUGGAGCCCCCGCCAUGGGCAACUCCCAGGAGCGGCCCUCAGAGACCAUCGACCGCGAGCGGAAACGCCUGGUGGAGACGCUGCAGGCCGACUCGGGGCUGCUGCUGGACGCGCUGCUGGCGCGGGGCGUGCUCGCCGGGCCCGAGUACGAGGCGUUGGACGCGCUGCCCGACGCCGAGCGCAGGGUGCGCCGCCUGCUGCUGCUGGUGCAGAGCAAGGGCGAGGCCGCCUGCCAGGAGCUGCUGCUCUGCGCCCAGCGGACCGCGCGGGCGCCCGACCCCGCCUGGGACUGGCAGCACGUGGGCACCGGCUACCGGGAACGCAGCUGGGACGCUGCGUGCGCUGGCCACUGGACGCCUGAGGCCCCUGGCUCGAGCACCACUUGCCCCGAGCUGCCCCGAGCUGCAGACUGCGGCGAGCCCGGGGCUCCUGGGGGCUCCGAGGCAGCGCAAUCAGGAUCCCUCGAGGAACCCGAUCCCGAGCUGGAAGCUGGGGCUGAGCUGGAGUCGGAACCCCAAAUGGAUUUGGAACCAGAACCGGAGGCAGAACCGGAGCCUGAACUGGAGCGGGAACCCGAACCAGAGCCGGAGCCUGACCUCGAGGCGGGUGAUGAGUCUGAAGAUUCCUGAAUGCUGGAGCGCUCUCAGGCCGCUCCCUGCUCAAGCCAGAUAGGAGCUGGGAUUCUGCGCUGGCUGGGAUCCUUGCCAAGCCCCCGUCUGACUCAGUACCCCAGGAAGUGAAUAAACCCCGGAGGUUGUCUGGGC